AUGGCGUCUCCCGGACCCACCAAAUUCUUCACCGACGCACUUGCCGCGGUGCCUUUUGACGAAGAUCCCCAGAAGGCUCUCUUGGGUCUCGACGAAUGGGAAAUCCCCGAGUCAAUUUACAGCAAAGGUGGUUCCUGCAUGUCCAUCUGGGAACUUGCUCGUGCCAAUGGAUAUUACUUCGAAGGAGACCCCGAUGAGGCUCCUGGCUCGGAUUUCGACAAGGCCUUUGUUGAAUUCAGUGUAAACCCUGUCGUUGGCCCAGCUACCUUGGAUCACCUGGAGCUUGACCCUGAAUUGUCUAGUCCCAUCAAGAACGAUGAUGUGACUCCACCUAAAGCUUGCACCAACCAGUCGAGCACAGUCUAUCCACUGGAUACCCUAAAUUACCUCGAAGACGCCGACUUGGGUCCUCCCAUGGCAAUCGUUCAGCUUACUCCCGCCGCCGAUGCUCCCGCCACCCAAAAGACUCCAGUCACCAUUGAUAAAGCCGUUAAAGUCGCUCCAGUCACUGCUGCUCCACUCACCCAAGUCGCUGCACCCACCAAAGUUGCUACUGCAGUCGCCGAACGCGCCCCGGUCGGCUUUGAUCCAGCUGCUCAAGUCACUCCCACCACUGGUGCCCCGGUUACCCAAGUGAACCCUUCCAUUAGCCACAUCGCCCAUGUUGUUCAAGUCACCAAUGUUACUCCGGCCCCCCAAGGCGCCCCGCACGUCGUUGAUCCUGCCGUCCAAGUCACUUCUACUACCGGUAGAGCAAUUGGAAUGGUCAAGGUCUUUGACUUGUCACAAGGCAAAUCGCGCCCUCAGCCUGCUAAGCGACCACCCAAGCAAAAGGCCAAGCGGGUCCCCAAGAACAAGCAGGUUGACGAGCUACACAAAAAUCAGAAGAAGACAAAGGUGCAAAGCACUCCACGCAAGGCGAAGGGAAAGACAACUGUAGCCGCAGUCACACCACCUCAGAAGAUUGCGCCUGCCCCGGCGACACCAAUGCCUGUCCCAAUUAGUCGUUUCCCUGCCUCGAUGACCCCAGUGACCGGGGACGCUCGCAAGACAGCGGCACAUCCCAGCCAACAGCAGCAACUUCAAAUCCAACAGCGUCUCCGAGAUCAAGAGGAGUAUCUUCGUAUUGAAUGGCGCCAACUUCAACAACAGGGAGCUCAUUUGAAACUACAGCAGCCUGGAGAUGAGCAGCAGCUCCAGAUCCACCAACAGCAGUGUCAGCUCAACGAGCAGCAGUCUAAGCUGUGCCAUCAAAAGAUUAACCAGCACAGAGCGCAGGUCCGUCAAUUCCGGUAUCAGCAACAGCAACUGCAACAACAACGUGCAAUGCAACAACAACAGCAAUUCCAAACUCCGGCAGCUCAGCGAGUCCAGCAGCCCACCCACCAAACCCAGGAAUUUUAUUCCACCCCUACCAAGGAGCGCAUGCAGUCCAUUAUGCAACAAACCCAGCAACUUGGAACUUCGGCGGCUCAGCAAGUUCAGCAAUCCACCCAACAGUCUAUGAUGCAACAGCCCCAGCGAUUCCAGACUCCAGCAGCUCAGCGAGUCCAGCAGCCCACCCAGCAAAUGCAAGCAGUUUAUCCCACUCCCUCUAAGGAGCGCAUGCAGCCUGUGAUGCAACAAACUCAGCAAUUCCAAACUCCAGCGGCUCAGCGAGUCCAGCAGCCCACCCAACAAAUCCAGGGAGUUUAUUCCACCCCUACCAAGGAGCGCUUGCAGUCCAUGAUGCAACAAACCCAGCAACCUCAAACUUCAGCGGCUCAGCAAGUUCAGCAACCCACCCAUCAAAUGAAAGCAGCUUUCCCUACUCCUCCUAAGGAGCAAAUGCAGUCUAUUAUGCAACAACCCCAGCAAUUCCAAGUUGCAGUGGCUCAGCAAGUUCAGCAGCAUACCCAACAAAUGCAAGCAGGCUUUCCCACUCCUCCCGAGGAGCACAUGCAGUAUGUGAUGCAACAAUCCCAGCAACUUCAAGCUUCAGCAGCUCAGCAAUUCACCCAUCAAAUGCAAACAGCUUUUCCCACUUCCAAGGAGCGCAUGCAGUCUGUGAUGCAACAAAACCAGCAACUUCAAACUUCAGCGGCUCAGCAAGUUCAGCAGCCCACCCAACAGAUGCAGGGAGUUUUCCCUACCCCUCCUCCUAAGGAGCGCAUGCAGUCUAUGAUGCACCAAACUCAGAAACUCCAAACCGCAGCAGCUCAGCGAGUUCAGCAGCCCACCAAACAAAUGCAUGGGAUUUAUUUCACCCCUACCAAGGAGCACAUGCAGUCUGUCUCUUCCCUUUCUGCCGCUUCGCCCAAGAAGAGAAGCUUCCAGUUUAUGGAGAACAUGGUGCCUACCAACUUUGUGGCCAACCGAAACAAUCAUGCGCGCUGGAGUAUUAGCCCCAAUGGCGAUCGAACCUACUUGAACGGACCUCAGGCGAAAAAGGUACGAGCCUCUCAGAAGUAG